CACGAGACGAGAGAGAAUUCUUCUUCUUCCCGUUUUCCUUCUCUAUUUCAUAACCACAGAAGUCUGUAAGAUUGUUGCUUCCAGACUUAGAAUUGAAGGGACUCCUGGGGGUGGUUUGCUCAAGCCUACCUACAAUUUGUAGUGGGGGAAAAUAACACUCUAAGGAGAGUGAUCUAAUCACGCCUUCAAUCGUUUCUUUCCUACCAGUUCCUGGCAAUCUUAGAGUGUUAUUUUGCUAUUGGAAAAAUGAAUUCUGGAGUAAAAAGUACAUUGAAGGCGAGCAUUCAUUUGAGAUGGAAUGUUGCAUGCAUUGAAAAGAAAAGAUGUCAUGGUCCAUACUUGCUUCUACUAGUUGCUCCCGAAGUAAAGGAAAGGAAGCAUUUCGACAUCGCUAAAAUCGGGUAGCACCUUGUUCCUUUUUAAUUCUUGGUGUUGAGACUGAUCUAAUCACGCCUUCAAUCGUUUCUUUCCUACCAGUUCUUGACAGUAACAACACUAGGUCUAGAUUUGGGUUUAAUGUUGAUGUAUGCGACAAACUCCAUGAUUGAUUGAUGAUUUUACUUAAUUGAUGGAUGUUUUCAUGAAUGGCAUGAGUUGGGUUUCCAUUUUCAUGUAUUGAGCUUUUGACCUAGGAGGGAGAUAAUCCCCUUAGAUCCCUCUUUUGGCGUCUUCGAGUCACUCUUAUCAUAUAUUGUUUGGGUAGUCUCCGAGGGAGUUGAUUCGACCGGUCUCCUAACAUUAUACGAAACCCUAGGUUGAAUAGAGCACUACCCAUCCAUCGAUUCGCCAUUCCGGGUCAUUCACGAGGGAGUCCAUCUCCAAACGGUAGUGUAGUUGAGUCGAUCGAGCUAGGAGGAUACCCAACAUCAAUCCAAAGAACGAACCUAGGACGAUUCAACCCAAGAGAGCUCCCAACCUUGUAAAUAGCUAGGUUAGUGGUUAGUCCAGGUCAGUUAGUUUAGUUUUAUUAAUCACUAUACUAGGUUGGCUAGAUAACGAAACAUAAACCUGGAGUAGGGUAUGCCUAGAUUCCCGUGGUACGAUAGAUCUUUAUUGCUUGCUUGCCGUAUGCUACACCCGGUUGCCGGUUAUACUUGGUCGUUGAUCGGGGUGUUGUAGUUAGAACGAGUAAAGUUUUUGGCGCCGUUGCCGGGGAACCAUUCUAGGUUAUUUAAAAAAGGGUUAGGUCGUUUACUUUAGCCGUUUUAUUUUGUGCUUUGUGUUUGUUGACCCACUCUUCUCUUAGAAGGGUGGUUUGCGUUUGUUUAAUUUUGUUUUUGUGUUUUUGUUUGUGUAGGUUAUGAAUCAUGGAUCCUUACGACUUCACUGACAUGUGGGGGGGUAUCCACCACCACUUGAGAGUGGUUACCCCGGAGCUCCAUGGGACAAUCAAAAUGGGGGAAGCCAAGGAUCCGGGUUCUAUUACCAUCCCCCCUUCCAAGAGAAACAAGCAUACCAAUGGGGGUAUCAAGAAGCUUCCCCAUAUGGAGAAAACUUACCUCCUCAACCCGAGGAGAAAUCCAAAUUGGAGUUGGCAAUGGAAGCCUUCAUGGGGCAUUUCUUCAAGGCCAUGUGCCACUCCACAACCGGAGCCUAAGAGCCAAUUGGAGCUCAUGGUGGAGCGGUUUGUUCGAGGCACCGAUGAAGGGUUCUCGAACUUGGAUCUCCCGCAACCCGAAGCGAAGUCCAAGUUGGAGCUUGCCAUGGGGAAUUUUGCAAGAACAAGCUCCAACACGGAUUUCCAACCCCUCCCUCCUCUCGGUUUGACACUAGAAGAGAAGGUGGCACAAGCUUGUGCAAGCUAUCGCCUCUCAUUAUUGGAGGAGAACGAGGAGGUUGAUAGGGUGAUCAAUGAAAACCAUAUGGAGCAAGAGGAAUUCACCCCGGAGAGCUCCCGUGGCGAGAACGAACAUGAAGGUUGCAUUGACGACUCCCAUCAUCUUUCCCUUCCCGAAAGCAACUUUGAAGACCAAGACACGAGUGUGGAGGAGCAAGAGAAUCCCUUCUAUGAUCUUGCAUGGCAUCUUGCCCUCUAAACCGUGCUUGGGGACACGAAUGGGAAGGAGAAGGAAGAGGUUGAAGAGGAGGAAGAAAGCAUUGAAGAGGGGGAAGAUCUCGAGUUCUCAAGGGGAGGAAAUUGAAGAAGAAGGAAGGGAGGUUGAAGAUGAAGUAGAGGAGCAAGUGGCGUCCAAUAUGAGGACGAGGUCGAGGUGGAUGAAGCAUCCACAAGUUACAAGGGCUAUGAAAGCUUUCCACCCGACCUCGAUGCGCUUUUGGAGAAGGACUCAUUUGUGGCUCUUUGCCAAGCCAAGGCCAAACCAUCGGCAAUCCCUCUCGGUGGAUGCGAUGGUGGUAAAUUGAUGAUGCACUACAUGGUAUGGGGCAAGGAGAAGAAGGAAGAAGGAAAGAAAGAGAGGUCUCGUGGGUGGAGCCUCAAAGCCACUCAAGUUCACGAGCCCUCAUUCAUGGACUCGUACAAUGCUCGUGACUUGUGACAUCACCUCAUCGACGAAAACCUCAACUUCAAGGAGAUCUAGGGUGGACCGAAACUUGAGGAGCAACCGUCCGGCUCACGAUGUUAAAGAAGCGCUUGGUAGGAGGCAACCCAUCUACCAUCGGUUUUUUUACUUUCCACUCCAAUAAGAAGACCAUUGGAGA